GUUCACGUGAGCAGACACACUUUGUUUACAAGCUCUCUGGAUUGACAAGCGAGACACAAGAGUUUUUAGCUUGGCCUUCUCUAACUCUUCGUAGCGCAAUAGAAUAUGUCUAGUGAACAGAGCGGUCACUCCCAAGGAGAUGUCAGUAUGGAGAUACUGAGAAAGCAAGUGAUGGUCAACCAAUUUGUGAACGCUGUCGGUUGCACCUCAGAACAAGCCACACACAUCUUACAGUCAGCACAGUGGCAGUUUGAGGUUGCUUUGAGUAUUUUCUUUGAGGGUCAUUCUGUGCCUAGUAAAGGACAGGCCCAGCCCCAGCCCCAGAUGCAGGUGACUCCUUCUGCUCACUCUAGCUCUGCAGGGAGCUCACUGGGUUCAAGGAUGUCUUGUCAAUGUGUCCCCACCAACACUCCUGCGACUCCUCCUGCAUUUCCCGACACCCUGGCCAUGUUUGCUCAACUGAAUACCUCUUCUCCUGCUGACUCAGCACAAAGUCUCUUGCAAGAGCCCCCCAUAGUACGAUGCCAACAGAUGUCCAACAGUUAGGUCCUCCGUGCUCUAAUUGGAAUCGUGUUUUGUAUGUACACUGUUGUGUCAUCUGACUGCUUAGGAGUGAUUGUACACGGCUGACCACUGCAUUCUCAGCUUGGUCCUGUCUUUAUAGUUUUACACAACUCAUCAACAACAUGCACCAAUCCCUAAUUUGCACAUUUUGUAUUGUCAUCAAAUCUUAUUACUGAAAUUUUCAGUUAUUGUUUUUUGUGUAUUCUAGCACUGAUUGUUUAUUGUGACUAUCUGUGUUUGAUUUGUACAGACAGUGGUAUCAUAACUGUGCACAUUUCACCAUCAAUGAUUAAUUGUUUCAAUAUUUCUCA